AAUAUUCUUGGAUUAUAAUAUUAGAAUUAAAUACAUAUUAUGAAGAAAUAACAGUUAACGCGUCAUCGCUUUAUAUGAACAAAAUCGGGUUUUUACGCAUAUAUACUUGCUUUCAGCAUACAACUAAAGUCAGACGAAUUAUUUCAAAUAUUUAGUGGAAAGCGAUAGUAAACAAUAAAAAAACAACACAACAAAUAAAUCCAGUAAAAUGCUGCCAUGUUUUUUAGUAUUAUUUUUUUUUGUAAACUCAUUUACAACAGUUGUCUGUUUACCGAAUGGUGCUCCCGAAUCGACUUGCGAGUCUUUAUUGCCAUUCCAUGGAGGAGGUAUAAAGCCUUUAACCACUGUAUCUCCAUUCAACAUUGUGCCUUUAUCUACGGUUGUUGAACAGGGGCAAGUAUUGCGUGUAGAAAUACAAGCAGAUCCACGCGAACUUGUGUUUGGGGGGUUUAUGAUUCACGCUCGUACAAGAACGACCCCUUAUCGAGUCGUUGGACGCUUUGCUAAAUCGGCAGAUGGAACUGUUAAAUUGAUAAAUUGUGGAGAUGGUGUAGAAAAUACAGCAACUCACGUGAGUCCAGCACCAAAACUUGAUUUCGGCUUAGAUUGGCAAGCUCCUAAUGAUUACGUGGGAGAAAUUUAUUUUAUUGCUACAAUUGCUCAAGAAUACGAUAAAUUUUGGGUUGGCAUUCAAUCUGAGUCAAUUCGUAUUGUAACACGAGGUAGUCUUUUAAGUACUCCAUCUAAUGGUAUUUCAACUUCACGCCGUCCUUUCCAUCAACCUACCUCAUUUGAUAUCGUCCCUAACCGGACAAAAAUUACAAAAAAACUGGGAGAUCCAUUCUAUGAUCAAUGUGGUGAUACUAAAUCAUGCUUUGGAUUUCCUGAAGGAUGUGUGGAACAGAAAAAUUGCAAAGCAGCUGUUGCUACAAUUGUCAAUGGAGAAAGUUAUGUAUUCGAGAUGAAAGCAUUUGAUCCUAAUGCAGCAUAUGUCGCCUCUGCUUUAUCUAUGGAUAACAAGAUGGGCGAUGACUCAGUAAUGGAAUGUGUUCCUGAACGUGGACAAGGAAUUAAAGCUUACGCUUCAUGGACGUUUUCCAGCCCAAAAUAUGGAGUUACGAGAGAAAAUGUUCCUCAAAGCAUUGUAAAACUAAUUGAUUCAUCGUACACAAACAAUCAAAUUUAUUGCCGUGUGGAACGCGACGCUCUUAGUGUUGUUCGUGGUGUAAGCUUCGAUUUAGUGCGCAAUAAGUACAAUAUUUUGGUUGCUAGUGGAUCAUCUAACAAGGAUAACAGCGUUGGUUACCACGAUAUUGGAAGAGAAUCAACUGCUUCCGCCCGUGCCUUAGCUGAAAUCAGUAAUUUUGGGACGGCCUCAAAACUCUUUCUUCGCCUUCAUGGCGCGUUCAUGGUAGCUGCAUGGAUUGGAACAGCCUCUUUAGGGAUUUUACUUGCGAGAUAUUUUAAACAAACAUGGAUUGGAAGCUCAAGUUGCGGAAAAGACAUUUGGUUCGCGUGGCACAGAUUUUUGAUGUUUCUAACGUGGGUUCUUACAAUGGCUGGAACCAUUUUGAUCGUCUUAGAGCUCAAAGGAUGGUCAAAAGCGAGAAACCCACAUGCCGUAUUAGGAAGUAUUACAACUAUUUUAUGCUUUUUACAACCAAUUGGAGCCUUCUUUCGACCACAUCCGGGUUCCAAAAAUCGCCCAAUCUUUAAUUGGAUGCAUUGGCUAGGAGGAAAUGUUGCACACAUAAUAGGAGUGGUUGCCAUUUUUUUUGCUGUUAAAUUAUCAAAAGCAGAGUUGCCAGAUUGGCUCGAUUACAUUCUUGUAGCAUUUGUUGCUUUUCAUGUAUUAUUGCAUUUAAUUUUCUCCAUAUUUUUUUGGACACAGAUUGCUGGAUGUGCGAGUGAUCGUCGUACCUCACAACGAGUUACAUCAUUUCCGAUGACAGAUAUGUCUCCACCGCGAACAGGUUUAAAAUCAACAGAGAGAGCACAAGAUGCUCCAUAUUCAAAACUUAGGCGCUCCCUUCUUGGCAUUUACACUUCUGUUCUAGUUCUUAUUGUAGCAGCAUUGAUUUUCAUUAUCGUAUUAGCGCCAAUUGAUCAAAAAUUUGAAGCUUUAAAAUCACAAAUGAUGAAAUAAACCAUUUUUUUUCAUCUA